AUGUCCGGUCCCCAAACUCUACAUAACGCGCUCUUACGCCCGCCCAUCAUUCAGAUUCUGCGCGCUGCAGGCUUCCAUUCUACGCGGCCGUCUGUCCUAGACACACUCGCUGAUAUCACCGGUCGAUAUUUGCUUCUCCUUGGCUCUGCUGCAGCUGAGCACGCCGCUAACAGCCACCCCGACGACCCUGCGCCAACCCUCGCCGACAUAAUGCUUGCAUUGGAAGAUGUAGGCGCGCUACAACCACAGAUGAAAGGAUUCGAAGAAGACUGGCGCCAGGAAGAAGAUAUGCGAGGCAUCGAUGCCCUGCUUUCCUGGUUUCCAGGACUCGUGAACCGCGAGAUCCAACGCAUCGCCGGAUUCAUCCCCACUGAGGGCGAUGUCGUCGAUGCCGAUUUAGCCGAAAAGGAGGAUUUCCUGACGGCUAUGAAAAAGAAACACAGCAAAACAGGCGAGGAAUCGCGAUACGCAGGAACGGUAAUAGGGAAAGACGCUGAGGAGCACCCUGUAAUCAUCGAGGGCGGCGCCGCGGCAAGCAUUGGAGAGUGGGCGUCGCAAAUCAAAUCGCAAGUGAUUUAUGCAGAAAGUGUCUCUUCAGCGAUCAGCAGUCCGCCGAGUAGUCUUUCUGACGAGGGGAUGGAUAUUUGA